UCAGUGCAGUAAUUUCCCAAACCCUAGCUAAAAUCGAUAUAGUUCAAGUGAGACGAUGAUAUCGAAAACUCAGCCUAAGGUGGUUCCUGUUGUAGACUUAUCCGAUGAAAACUUGAAGCCUGGAACAGAUGCAUGGCUCUUGGCAUGCAAACAAGUCCAGCAUGCACUAGAAGAGUACAGCUGCUUUGAAGCUGUUUACAAUAAAGCUACUUUGGAAAUUCACAACUCCAUCUUUUCUGCGAUAAAAGAUCUAUGUGAUCUUCCAUUAGAAACUAAAAUGCAGAAGGCCAAUGAUAGGCCUUUCCACAACUAUUUUGGCCAACUUCCACUCAAUCCUCGCUAUGAGACCUUGGGCAUUCAAGAUCCAGCAUCCUUAGAAGGAGCUCAACGCUUCACAAAUAUCAUGUGGCCAGCAGGAAAUGACCAUUUUCGUGAAAGUGUUCAUUCCUUCUCAAAGGUGGUGGUAGAAUUGGAUCAAAUGGUGAAAAGAAUGGUGUUUGAUGCUUAUGGUGUGGGGAGGCUUUAUGAUUCUUACAAGGCAUCAACCACUUACCAGCUUAGAUGCAUUAAUUAUAAAUCACAACUUACGAAUGAGACUACUGAUUUGGGACUGAUUCCUCACACGGACAAGAAUUUCACAUCCAUACUACACCAAAAUGAUGUCGGUGGCCUGCAGAUCAAAACAAAGGAUGGCGAGUGGAUUGAGGCUGCACCUUCUUCACCUUCAUCAUUUCUAGUGUUGGCAUCCGAUUUAUUCAUGGCAUGGAGUAAUGACCGAAUAUCCGCCUGUGAGCAUCAAGUCGUCCUGAAAGAGAAGAAAGCAAGAUAUUCACUGGCUUUAUUCUCAUAUAUAGGUGAUGGAGUUGUACAGGUACCUGAAGAGUUUGUUGAUGAAAAACACCCCUUAAAAUAUAAGCCAUUUGGUCAUUUCGAUUACCUUCGUUUCUAUGAAACUGAUGAGGAGGCCCGGAAAUCGAAGAAUCCUAUCAAAGCCUACUGUGGUGUUUAAGAUCUCUUUUGAUCUGAGAAGAGAGAGG